AUGCUUCUGAAAUAUCUGUCGUUAUUGGUCAUUUUACGUUAUGGUUUGAGUUUUGUAUGUAAUACAAAAUAUUUGGUUAAGGAUGUUUGUUACGAGGAGUACGGGUCAGUUAUUGACGUCAUAAAUAACGUCACAUCAUUUGCAGCGUGCGCAGCGCUUUGCUGUAAAAUUCAUGACUGCGCCUCGGUGAUAUUUGACGGCUCUAAACAUUUAUGCACGACAAACUCAGGAAUUUCAAGUUAUUUCGCAACAGGUUGUGGACUGAAGUACGCUAAGUUUAUUCAGAGCAAUUGUAAAAGUUUAAAAAGCCUUGGAAAAGCCUGCAAAACUAGCGCAGAGUGUGUUGAAGAUAUAUACUCGUGCGUGGACGGAGUGUGUAUGUGUGCAGCAGGUUAUAGUUUCAACGAAGCCGACGAAACGUGUUUAGCAACAUGUGAUCACUAUGGGGAUUCAUUUACGGCAUUUCAUGGGUACGUCAUUGCCGCCCACAAUAAUCUUAAACUGACCGACAUGGACGAAACCUCGUGCAAAGCUGCUUGCGUCACUACCACAGAUUUUAUGUGCCGAUCAAUAGAGAUAACAACCUUAGGAGUCUGUUUCCUGUCAACAGAGACAGCAUUGACCCAAAAAGAUGAUUAUACCGAAUAUCCCGGUUACAGUUACUACCAAAGAAACUGCAAGCUACCCUAGAUUGAUUCAACCAAACCGUGUUGACUGUAUGCUAUUGUUUAA